UACGGCUUGAAUGGCGGAUUGACUGAAGGUCCGGGAUAGAAACAAAAAGAAAAAAAAAAAGGGAAAAAAAAAAAAAAAAAAAAAACACACUUGAAAGCUCAUCAAGCCAAAGAAAUACAGGAAGCCAACCCUCUAAGCCUGAUCUGUCAUUUAUACAGCAACUAGUGCAGCUUUUUAUCCAGAGCUGCUUUUACACUUUAUACUUGUCUCAUCAGUCAAACACACUAUUAACAAAGUGGCAGGUAACCUACAGCACAGAAACGGAGGCACGUAUUACAAAACAGACAAUUAAAAACCAUAAAGAAAAAAAAAAAAAAAAAAAACUUUCCUUUUCUUUACCUCAACUUCUCAGAGCCUUCUUUCAACCUGACAGCACCUCCAGCUUUUAUUUGGAAGCCUUAACACCACCUCACAGAGAACAAGUGACAGAUUGCUCUCUGAAGAGAUCGCUCUAUGACUUUCCCUUCUCCUCUUCUUUUGUCCUCUGUUGUGUUAUUGUGUGCUGGUGGUAUAAGACUGCUUGAAUGUGUUCGCUCUACUCUCACGUUGUCAGCUCUUUACUUUCGCUGUGUCUCUCCCCUCCUCAGCCUGCUGUCAAACGCCCCCCCCCCCCAAAAAAAAAAAAAAAAUUGAAACAAAGAACUGAACCCGUAAGAAAUCAGUGCACAGAAGAAGUAUUUUUUGUUGACAGGUUGUAAAUGAUUGUUUUAAUCUGUAUAAUGCUUUGGGGCAAUCUCCUGAGUAGAAAAACUGAAGACGCAUUGUUUGCUCAGGUCUGAAUAUUUAAAAAAGAAAAAAAAAAGAAAAAAAAAAAAGCAUACCGCACCUGCAUUAUUGCAUGUAUACAUGAGCACAGUGAUGUGAGCUUUGAGAAUACACAUGCAUUAUGUAGGUGUUAUUGCAUGCCUCUCAGCGUUGGCCUUAUCCCCACCGCAUGAGCCGAUAACACCUGCAUCCGAAGCCUGGGAAUCAAUUUCCCUCUCGUCAAAUUCUAUCUCCACUUGGCCAGCGUUUGCACACACAGGGAUGAGUGAAAAAGUUGCCGGAGAAGGGGAUGCGGCUUUAGGAUUUGCUGCCGGGGCAGACUCAUUCUCACUCAUCUCUCUCCCGUUUUCUCCGUUUCUUUGUUUCUUCCUUUUUAUGCCCCCCCCCCCUUCCCAACCUCCACUGCUGGUCAAAGGAAAGCGCUGACACCUCCGCUGCUACCCGGCCUCCGCUGUCAGCUCUUUUUUAUUUUUCAUGGUGGGGUGGGGUGGGGUGGGUAAUAGACAACAAGAUAGAGGGAGUGAGAGAGAGAGAAAGUGAAAAGAGAGACUACAGUGCCCCCCCCCCGUAUAUCCACCUCUUGCCCUCUCUUCUCUCGUCGCGCUGACCUUCAUCCCUCUCCCUCUUUUUUCCCCUUUUAAUUCCCCUUCUUUUCUUCCGUCCUCACUUCUUAUCUCUGCCUGUCCUUCCUCGCAGAUAACGCAGACAUGCAUCUGUGCGCACACACGCAGGCGCACGCACACGCGUAAGAUGGUAUCACGGGAAGCAGUCGAUGAGAAGAUUACCUAUUGAAUCAGCUGGAGACAGUAAGCAAUCUAGCGUGCUGGACCGAGUGGGACUGACACACAAAGCACACAGUGAAUGGCGGCCACAGCGAGCCAUGAGAAAAUGCCGAGAGGAAAAGUGAAAUGGAGUUUGUGCGCCAAAGAGAGCCGGGCAAACAAAGUCAAGUUUAAAAGAAGUUGAAUGUGUGUGUGUGUGUGUGUUCAGUCUGGUCAGUGUGUGUGUGCUGGGGAACUCUGCCACUGUCACAAGAAGACUGUGAUUACUGGUGUCUUUUUGCAGCAGGAAACAAAAAAUUUGGAGUCAUGUUUGCAUAAAAUCUGUGGGAAAAUUGUGUUAAAGUUCUCCAGCGCUUUAAAAAGAAUGUUGGUUUUUUUUCUAUCAAUGUGAUGUAGUAGUUGGCUCAGAUGUUUGACAUUUGGCUAUCGUUCUUGAUUGGUUGUUACAGCCUGUGGCUUUUUGCAUUUUAGAUUUAAUUCCCGACAACGGUCCAUGACUGAAACUUUGUAAAUUCAGUGCUGACGGGAAUUCAACCCUUUCUUUCAUAUGAUUUAAUUUCUGUGUGUGCAUUACAUUAACGGUCACGUUUGAAAAUAAUCUGGUAUAAAAGGGAGUAAAGAUCUGUUAAAAACAAAAAGAGCGAACUGUACACAUCGUAUUGUCCUGAAUUGCCACCAUUUCUGCAGCCGGCUUUUCCAUGAUGACUCUGGCAGUGCAGCAGCAUCUCCCCGCAAUCUGAUGAAUGACAGAAAUAUUCCAGAUUUUGAAGAAAAUGCAAACCACUUUGAUUAGAAUAUAACCCAGAAUAUUUAAACCAUAUAUCUUUUCUCAGUGAAAAUCAUUAACAUGUUAUUAUGUAAGGGGACAGUGAUAUGAAUGCACUCAAGUGAGACACUUAUAACCGAGAAGAAUGGGCAGUAAGCGAUUGUGAUCAGUCUGGAACAGUGAGACAGCAAUGAUGGAUGGAAAGUGGUCGGCUUGGAGGCAUGAAGGUCACACUCGAUGACAGUGUGUGUGUGUGUGUGUGUGUGUGUGUGUGUGUGUGUGAGAGAGAGAGAGAGAGUGUGUGUGGGUCUGUUUAAUCAACAGACGGGGGAGCCGAGAGUAAGACUAAAAAUACACUGUAUAUGUAUGUGUGCGUGCAUGUGAGUGCGCGUGUGUGCUCUCAUUCAUCAGGGUUGACACCACCAUGUGGAGUAUGCCACUGUGCCCGACAAAUCCAGCCAUCCUGCACGCGCACACAUUCACACGAAACACCCCUGCAAAGGUGACACAAGCGCCCGCUAGCAAGUUUGCUCAUCACAGUGAAGGGCACACCUGUGUGUGCGUGUGUGUGUGUGUGAGACUGCGCACAUAUGUGUCUGUGUGUGUGUGUGUGUGUGAGACUGUGCACGUAUGUGUGUGUGUGUGCGUGCGUGCGAAAACGGUCCACCUGGACACGAGUAGUCUGACAUGUCCUCAAUCUUUCAUCUAUGUAUCCCCCUGUUUCCAACCACAAUGCAUCUCUUUCUGUGUCUGUUUUCUCUCUCCCUGUAUAUUUUCAUCACAUCCUUCUUCUCGUUUUAUCCUCUCUAACUUCUUUUGUCAUCAUCCCCCUGUUCUUGUCCUCCACAGUCUCUGCCUGUCCUCACCUCUCUCUGUCACACUCCCUCUGUUCUCUGCUCGCUGUGAUCAAUUAGGAGACAUUAGUCCCACAGAUAUUCCAGGUGACAGAACCUCAGGAGGCCACGCUCUCCUUCAUCUCUCCUCUCUCUGCCUCCCCUCAGUUUCUCCUCUCCACACCUGGCUGUCUUGUCACUCCUGCUCCUCCUCCCUGUCAUCUCCCCUUUCUUCUCGGCAGAGUAGACAGCAGACCUCGCUCCUCUCCUGUUUACCCCCCCCCCAAUUUCAAGCUCUCAUCCCUUACGGCACCGACAGUGACAUAUCAGCCUCAGCCUUCCCCUCCUGCGUCUGUCCAGUCAUCUAUCCUCCUUUCCCUCUCCCCUGUAUGUUUGGGCUACAUGCUGACAGUGACGCAUCUCCCUUUUUCCCCUCUGCCCCCUGUGCUCCAACUCUAUUCCAACCCUUUCUUUUUUUCCACCUCUCUCUCUGCCUUCCUCUAUCUCGCUCUCUCCAGGUUGCUGUUCACAAUGACGGACCUGUCUCCCCUCCUGUAUGCCAACCGCUCACCUGUAUCCUAGCAACCACCUCUCCUUUGGCUGUGGUGCUCCAUGCGGAGCAAGCAAACAAGACGCCCGGGGAAUGAAGAACAAGCUCUCUCGUUUAUCCUCCUCCCUCCAUCCGUUCAGUCAUUCCUUCACACGUUAAGAGGAGGCCAUACUCUGCUGGAGCUGGGAGCUAAACGCUUAACCAAAAAAAUGCUGUCUGUCCUCACAUACAAAUAAACUCUCUCUAACUCGUACAAACACACAUAAACAGUGUAGUCCAAGUGUCUGACACCACCUACUCAUUAGGAAGGUGGUGUCAGACUUUUACGUCCCACUGUUGGUACGGAAAUGCAGUCGCACAGAUGCAUGCACAUGGUUUUUUUUUUUUGUCCCAUUUUGUGUAUCUGUGUGCGUGUGUUUAUCUCAUUCUUAUGGCUCCACUCUAACAGUAGGACACAGUGAACAUCGCUUCAAAGCAACAUUGUCUACCACGCUCCUGAAGCAUGCUGAGUGCAGCCUCUCUAAAAGGUUCUGAGUGUGUGUGUAUAUGUGUGUUUGUUUCUGGAAGAUUGUACGACAGUUUCUGAAGCUAUAUUUAUGGUUUUGAAAAAUGAGAUGGAAAAAAGAAAACCAUUUGAAGGCCAGCACGCCCUCAAAGCCACACAAUCAGACACACACAUUGUACUUCCACACAACUUCAGGGAAGAAGUACUCAAGCACACACACACACACACACACACACACACACACACACACACACACACACACACACACACACACACACACACACACACACACACACACACACACACACACACACACACACACACACACACACACACAAAGAAAAAGUGCUGCUUGGGCACAUGUGUCCUGGUGUAAUUUAUGAGUGGGCUCCUGGGCGGACGCCUCAGAGGGGCCCUCUUCACGCUGCAUGGCUCUGGGUGCUCUGCACAAUCCCCCCAGUGAGCGCAGGGCUCUUUCACACACACACAUAACACACAAACAAGGUACUACAAAAUCCCCCUUAUGAGCAGUGAACUCUUCCGACUGAAACUCACUGCACGAUUAAUGCUACAAAAAACCUAGGUAAACACAAGGGUUUCAGGCUUGGCGGCACUGAUACAGCUCUGUUCAGCACAGACAAAGCACCAGAGCAAAACGUUUCCUCACAGCAGAUGAAAUGGGUCCCUCCAGUUAGCAGAAGCAAUAAUAACAAUAAAGUAUCAUUUCAGCCUUGUUCAGCUUACCGAAUUAUAGCCAGCUGGACAAUUAAGUUUGCUGGUAAAGCACUGCUGUUUGGCAAAUUAUAAAACAGUGAAUGUAGAGAAAGUGGAGCUUAAAGGAAAAUGUAUAAACAACCCUCUCACUGGAUUUCACUGAUUCCUGUGCGACAUCAUGCAGUGUAUCUGGAGUAGCAGACCAGUCUUUUUUGUGUUAUAUAAACUAAUUACUUAAUAUGGCAAACAAGCCAAUGCUACCAAUUAUUGAGACAGACAGCCACUAUUGUUAACAAGUGGUAUGUAUCUGGCAAGUACCCAGACGUCACACUAACACUGAUGUAAUAUUACAAAUGUGAAUAAGGCAGCAAAAGAGACCAAUUUCUUUUCCUAAUUAGAUCCUUACUUAACUUUCAUCAGCUUAAUAUUAAUAACAAUUUUAUGUUAUGAUGAAAACAAAUAUUUGUGUCACUGAAGCCCUAAGUAUAAGCUCUAUGCAGCUAAUUAAAUAAAAGGAUGGAUAAACUGAGGCUUUGGUUCUAUGCUCCGCUACGUCCCUGCCCUCGAGGUGCUGUGAACUUAGUGGUAGUUGUGGCCUUCCUUUUCCACUCCCUGCUCCGGGUUUCAUAGCUCCAUAUGUGGCUGUCCAGCGCAGUGUGACCGUGUAAAGCUCAUGAGAGGAUGGAUCCGUCUCUUUGCCCCCAGGCAAGGGGUCUUGAUCCGCUCUGGAGGACACACCACUCUCAAGGGCACUCUGAGGGGGACCGCACACAAAUACGGACGCAAGUGCACAUGUGCAAUUUGGACACAUGCAGGCGAGCAAGCUGAGGUGCAUUAAGUCCACACACACAUACUGUGGACGUAUAUAUAUAUAUAUAUAUAUAUAUAUAAAUAAUGUAAAAUUAUAUUAAUAAUUUAUGUAGAGGGGAUGAGGGGGAUGUUCUUUCUGCUGAUGCCACUAUUUCCUAAGAUCCCCCCAUCUGUUGACUCUGGCCUCUGGGGUAGGAGGCCAAUCAAGGGCUCGGUGACACAUCUGCCCCCUUGCGCGCACACACCUUCAUACAUGCACACAGUGAAAAAGAAACACACGUACACGCACACACACACACACACAGUACAUAUACUUUCUAUUUUCUCUCCUGUCUCUCUCUGACACACACACUGACACAGGAGGUCUGUGUUCUCUUGUCCAGUGAAUGAGGCCAAAAAUAAAAGAAAAAAUCAACACCCACACACACACACCCCCACCUGCUCUGAACAAUGCUCUCUCGCUCUCUCUCUUUUCACACAUCCACCAGUAGACAGCCAUCAGAAACUCUUCGUGAGCUGCUCAAUAAGUGCUCUCCUCAGAGUAUCUGCCAUUCCUUUGAGUGUCACUACUGUUCGUUGGCUUCAGAUCAGUGAAAAACAUCCUCUUCCCUGCUGGGCGUGUUAGGAUUCCUACCUUGACGGAUACCUGCUCACGGAAACAGCCCCACUAUGCUGCGGUUUAUGUGCCUUCCUGUCUCUUUGACUGGCUGUUUACCGAAGCUGAGUGGAGGCCAAGGCUCCUGCUGAGUCUGAUUUUGACAGUGCAGCACAAGGCCUAAGUGACAAAGCUCACGCCUCAAGAAUCUGCUUUGUGUUCAUAAUGGGCUGUUAGCUUGACACUUUUUCGCCCCUGUGUGGGAUGAAUACAAAUGAGUGCAAAGUUCAUGUUUUGUGGAUCAGUGCAGAAUAUAAGAUUUUAUAUGUUACUAAGCGCAUGUUUAUUCAGAGGUAAUUCUGGUGUGCUUGUGUCUCUGUAUGUGUCAAUUCAUCUGUCCUAAUCACUCGCAUACCAACAUUUUCCUGGCCAUGUAUACUGCUGAAUUCUUCAG